CCACAACAGGCAGUGAGGAUGAGAAGGAAGAAUUUUGCUUAGAUUUUUGCUGGUAACUGAAGUCUCACAAUCAGAUUAGACAGAGUGAGAGGAACUAAGGUUAGCUCACAAAUUCCCCCCCGGGGUGGAGUCAGAGCAGAAGCUCUUUGAAUUGCUCUCCCUGAGAUCUGAACUCUAAAGUUGCAAGGGAUUUUUGAGAGUUGCUUGGAGAAGUUCUGGCAACCAAGGACACCGUUGGAUCCCUAGCUGAUAACAACUUGCAAUGGAGCCUGCUCCUCUCGAGCUGCCUGCUGACACAGUGCAACGCAUUGCAGCUGCACUCCAAUGUCACCCAACAGAUGAGAGGGUUGCUCUCCACCUAGAUGAGAAAGAUGAGCUGAAGCACUUCAGGGACUAUUUUUACAUCCCCAAAAUGAAAGAUCUGCCUCCAAUUGAUUUAUCUUUAGUGAAUAAGGAUGAAAAUGCCAUCUAUUUCUUGGGAAAUUCUCUUGGCCUUCAACCAAAAAUGGUUAAAACAUAUCUUGAAGAAGAACUAGAUAAGUGGGCCAAAAUGGGGGCAUAUGGUCAUGAUGUAGGGAAACGGCCUUGGAUUACAGGAGAUGAGUGCAUAGUAGGUCUUAUGGAGGACAUUGUAGGAGCUAAUGAGAAAGAAAUAGCUCUAAUGAAUGCUUUGACCGUCAAUUUACAUCUCCUACUGUUAUCAUUCUUUAAGCCUACACCAAAACGGCAUAAAAUUCUUCUAGAAGCCAAAGCCUUCCCUUCUGAUCAUUAUGCUAUUGAGUCACAGCUUCAACUUCAUGGACUUAAUGUUGAGAAAAGUAUGCGGAUUAUAAAGCCAAGAGAGGGAGAAGAAAUCUUAAGAAUGGAGGAUAUUCUUGAGGUGAUUGAGAAGGAAGGAGACUCUAUUGCUGUGAUCCUGUUUUCUGGCGUGCAUUUUUAUUCUGGGCAACUCUUGGAUAUGCCUGCCAUCACAAAAGCUGGACAAGCAAAGGGUUGUUUUGUUGGCUUUGAUCUGGCACAUGCAGUUGGAAAUGUUGAACUCCACUUGCAUGACUGGGGAGUUGAUUUUGCCUGCUGGUGUUCUUACAAGUAUUUAAAUGCAGGAGCAGGAGGCCUUGCUGGUGCCUUUGUUCAUGAAAAGCAUACCCACACCAUUAGACCUGCACUAGUGGGGUGGUUCAGCCAUGAACUCAGCACCAGAUUUGAAAUGGAUAACAAACUUCAGUUAAUCCCGGGAGUCACUGGAUUCCGAAUUUCUAACCCUCCCAUUCUGUUGGUCUGUUCCUUGCAUGCUAGUUUAGAGAUCUUUAGGAAAGCCACUAUGAAAGCAUUAAGGAGAAAAUCCAUUUUGCUUACUGGUUAUCUGGAGUAUAUGAUCAAGCAGUACUACCACAAAGACAAAGCAGAAACCAAGGAAUCAAUUGUGAACAUAAUUACUCCAUCCCGAAUAGAGGACCGUGGCUGCCAGUUAACACUAACAUUUACUGUUCCAAAGAAAAAUGUUUUCCAAGAACUAGAGAAAAGAGGAGUAGUUUGUGACAAACGAGAACCAAAUGGCAUUCGAGUGGCUCCAGUUCCUCUCUACAAUUCUUUUCAUGAUGUUUAUAAAUUUGUCACUCUGCUCACUUCUGUACUUGACUGUACACAAACAAAAUAGCAGUGUCUUCAAGAAUAACUUAGAAAAUUAUACUAAAAAGCUAUUAUGACUAGUUUUCCAGCAUUCAAUUUUUAAUUAUUGAAAUUAUUAUAAAAGUGAUUACAUGUAAUUAUACACUGUGCAGAAAUAUAUGGUAUGGGGUCAAUGUUUGGUACAGCAGUGAAUUCAUGUGCAUCCCAUAUUAGAGUCCCUGGGUUCAAGUACCAGCUCCACUACUGAUCCUGCUUCACUUUGGGUAGCAAGAAAGACGCAACUAUUUGGGUCACUGCCAUCCACAUUGGAGAUUCAGAUUAAGUUCCACACUCCUGGUUUUUGUCUGACCCUGCUCCAGCUGUAGCAGGCAUCUUAGGAGUGAAUUGCCUCUGGCAUCUUUGUGUAUAUUCAUUUUGAAAUCAGUAUGCUUCUCAAAAUGAAUAGGUAUCACCUUAGAUUUGAUAAAAAUUGCUACCUAUAGCAAAAACAAGUUUCAUAAAUUUGUGCUCUGAUAUUUAUUAUUUUAUCUCACUAAAGAAAUAUUGGUUGAAAUGUAUUAAAUUGAAUUCCCUAACCACUCUUCACCUUAAUCCACACUUUUCAAGGCAUUCUUUUAUUUUGAUCUCAUCACAGUAUCUUUUAUCUUUUUAUUUAAAAUGGGAACUUCCUAUCUUGGAAAAGUUUGGAGUUUUGUCUCCAAAGUUGAGAUACUUGUGAUUAAGAAUUAGAGUUAGGAAACAAGUGCUCCA